AUGAACCCUUUCAACUCGCCGUACGCUGGCUAUGGCCAUUCACCUGGGUUCCCAUCGGGUCUGUAUAGCGUCCCCAGUACUCCGCAUAGACUGUCCUCCUUGGGCCACCUAUUGCGCACCACUCCACUCGCUCUUGCACCCCUCCGGAACACAGAGACCCCACCUGUCAGGCAGGAUACGCCGGACUCUAUAGCCAACCGCAUCGCCUUGGUGCUUGAGGAUACACUGGAGUUGGAGGAUACACUGGAGUUGGGAGAUCCCCCUUCUCGCAACAUCUUUUCGAAUCAGGAAGCGCUUUCCACCCAGGAAGCGCUUCUGGAGAUUGGGGUCACCCAGAAGGCAACGGUUCAGAACCCCGGGGUGGCCACGCAGAAGAGUGCAAAACCGGGACCGAAAAAACGCAAAACCAACUUCUCCUUGGCCCAAGACGUUGCCCUGACACGGGCUUGGAUUCACACCUCUGAAAACCCUGUCCUGGAAUUUAAGGGGAAUAAGCGGAUGUCAGAUGGAGACCCCAGGCCAUUGGGCCAGAAACGCGCAAAGGAAUUGGCCCGCGCCGAGGCCCGUGAAACCGAAGAAGCAAAGCUCUUCAAGAGACAUCUGGAAAUGAAGGAACUUGGUAUGAAGGUCGACCAUAUGAGUGAGAAGCGCAAGGAGGCUCUACAAGCGGGCAAGCUCAAGCGCGCGGCUCAGAUCGAUGCCUGGCUGGAGAAAUCUUUAUGCUACUCGGAUUGGGUCGGUGAAGAGCUUCGCGAACUGGCGGGAUCCGAUUACGAGAGUGAAGAAGAUGAAGUGAAGAGGCGCGUGUAUUCAACCCGCGGGGACGCAGGAACACGGCCAAAGCCCAGCCGAUACCUGUUGACGACAUCGACGUCAUGCCCCAUGGGAGCCCGCUCCCGGGUGAUUCGCCUCCCAAGAGUGUGUCGGAAUUGA